AUGGAUGUUAACAGUACCAAUCAAGUUACCGAUAUGUAUAGUACGCCAAUUGGCGGAACUGUCGGAAGUUACGUAAACGAUGUCUUCACGAACUUAACUUGGGUGCAGAUUUUUUGUACGACAGUUGUCUUGAUAUUUACCUAUGACCAGGUGAUGUACCAGUUGCGUAAGGGUUCCAUAGCUGGUCCAAGAGUCAAAAUGUGGCCGAUAAUUGGCCCAUUCCUUGAAUCUUUAGACCCAAAGUUCGAGGAAUAUAUGGCCAAGUGGAACUCUGGUCCUUUAUCGUGUGUUUCCAUUUUUCAUAAGUUCGUCGUAAUUGCCUCGGACAGAGAUUUGACCAGAAAGAUUUUGGCUUCUCCUAAAUAUGUUAAACCUUGUGUUGUUGAUGUUGCCGUUAAGAUUUUGCGACCAUCGAAUUGGGUAUUUUUAGAUGGAAAGGCACAUUCCGAUUACAGAAGAUCCUUAAAUGGCUUGUUUAGACUGAAAGCUCUUGAGAUCUAUAUCCCAGUUCAAGAGAAGUAUAUGGACAAGUAUUUGGAAAAGUUCACGAACUUCGAUGGUCCUCGCAAGUUCUUCCCCGAAUUUAGAGAAUUAUUGUGUGCUCUUUCCUUGAGAACGUUUUGUGGGGACUACAUUACUGAGGAACAGAUUAAGUUGAUUGCUGACAACUACUAUCGUAUUACUGCUGCCUUGGAGUUAGUUAACUUCCCCAUCAUUAUUCCAUACACUAAGACUUGGUAUGGUAAAAUGAUAGCCGAUGACACCAUGAAGAUUUUUGAAUCUUGUGCUGCAAUGGCUAAAAAACAUAUUAAUGAGGAGAAUGGCACUCCUACUUGUAUUAUGGAUGAAUGGAUUUCUUUGAUGAAAGAUGCAAGAGAAAAACAUUCAGAAGAUGCCGCUUCAAAAUUAUUGAUUCGUGAAUUUUCCAACAGGGAGAUAUCGGAGGCAAUAUUUACAUUUCUUUUUGCGUCGCAAGAUGCAUCAUCAUCCUUGGCUUGCUGGUUGUUUCAGAUUGUAGCCGACCGCCCAGAUGUCGUCAAAAAAAUUCGUGAAGAACAGCUUAAAGUGCGUGACAAUGACCCAUCUAAGCCCUUGUCUUACGACUUAAUUAAUGAGAUGACCUACACCAACUUCGUCGUUAGAGAAUCGCUUCGUUACAGGCCACCUGUUCUCAUGGUUCCCUACGUUGUUAAGCAAAAAUUCCCCGUCACUGAGACUUAUUCUGCCCCUAAAGGAUCUAUGCUUAUUCCGACUUUGUAUCCAGCUUUACAUGAUCCGGAAGUGUAUGAUGACCCAGAUUCGUUUAUUCCUGAGAGAUGGUAUGAUGCAUCUAAGGAAAUGACAAAUAGAAACUGGUUGGUGUUUGGAACGGGUCCACAUGUCUGUUUGGGUCAAAAUUAUGUCCUCAUGUUAUUCACUGGCAUGUUGGGUAAGUAUAUGAUGAAUGCUGACUUGAUUCACCAUAAAACACCAUUGUCAGAGGAGAUCAAGGUAUUUGCAACUAUAUUUCCCAAAGAUGACUUAAUCAUGGAAUGGCAUUCUAGGGACCCUUCUAAAUUAUAA